ACAAAGAGUAAUUUUCAAAUCGAUGUUGGAAUUAUUAUAGAGAGUUGCGGAUGUAAAAAAAUUAAUUUUUAUUCUAACCUGAGAGAUUUAUACAACAGCAAAAUGUUGAAGCCAAAAGCUUUGAUGCAAGUUUUAAGUCAAGCUAAUACUGGUGGUGUUGAAAAUACUUUAUUACUCAGCAGAGAUGGUGGUCUUCUGGCUUAUAGCGGGUAUGGUGAUAAGGACGCUAGAGUAACCGCUGCCAUAACGAGGAAAGUUGUUAUAACAGAAGUUGCAAAUUUAUUACUUUGUCUUUAUGCGAGAGAAAACGUCGGGUUUGGGCUGUUAAGAGAAAAAGCUCAAGCUCUUGCUAAAUAUCUUGAUCAACCACUUAAAACUAUAGCUAGUAUGCCAUAA